AUGAAGCUCACGCACAACCACAGCGUCGACCGCAAGGCCAUCGACGUCAAGCUUCGCCUCGCAUCAAAACUAACGGAGGAGCAGCUGGGUCAAGUGAAACAGAUGACAACCUUUCAUGGACGAGUUCAGUCGAAAACUGGCUUUUGGUUUGGAGACCCCUAG